GCUCGCAUCGCCAUCUUGUUGCAAUCCUAUUUUUUACGUAUGCGAGGAUCUACUUUCCGUUCGGCCGGAUUAAAAAUUGCCCGUCUGCUCUCAGCAGAAACACAGGGGACGAAAGGCUCGGGCGUGCGGGUGUGAACCGUGCACACGGGCGGCGCUUUCCACCGGGACACUACCUUUACCCCUCGGUCUUUUUCCUCCUUCCGUCCCGGGCCACCGGGUCGCCUGUCGUGAGGGUUUACGCGCAAUGAGCAUCGAUACACUUCUGGAGGCGGCCAGAUAUCUGGAAUGGCAAGCCCAGCAGCAGCAGAUCAAACGAGAGGAAGAGCAGUGUAAAGAGAAGGAGCUCAUCAACAGGGAGGCGGAGUCAAGACGUGCAGAACUCGUGACCUCGCCAACUCAGCCAGCCGUCAGAGCCAACCAUAUCACUUGGGGCGAUGACGCUCACCGCAAACAGCCGCAUCACCCUCCUGCCCCUCCGCCCCCAUCUCUCCCACCGCCUCAAGUCCCCAUUGCUGUCAUCCCAAUGGUCCCAGUUGUCACUGCGACUCCCUCGGUCCCGCCCCUUCCACUUCCAACGCCGAUUGCAGCGGCGGCAACAUCGCUCAACAGCUCCCCGCCAGCCAAGAACGCUUCCUCCCCACCACAGCCACAGCAGCAGCAGCCGGCAUCUCGUCACCUGUUGUGCGCCUCCCAGAUAAAAGUAGAAACUAGUCAGCAGCUGGUUGGUGUAAAGCCCAGCCAAUCACAGCCUCAGGUUCAGAUUCAGUACCCAACCUCCAUCAGCACUAAUGGUUCUGGCUCCCAACAUGCACUGGUUCCCCAUCAAGCUCCACCCACGUCUCAGCCCCGGCCUAAUGGAGUGACGAUUGAGGACAUGAGGGGGAUGGAAGGGAAGAGGAGACCAGGAGGGGCGGGGACCAGAGAGGUGCAUAAUAAACUGGAGAAAAACAGACGAGCGCACCUCAAAGAGUGUUUUGAAACACUGAAGAAGAAUGUUCCUAAUGUGGAUGAGAAGAAAACCUCCAACCUCAGCGUUCUCCGCAGCGCUCUACGUUACAUACAGACUCUGAAGCGUAAAGAGAAGGAGUAUGAGCACGAGAUGGAGCGUUUGGCCAGAGAGAAGAUCGCUACGCAGCAGCGGCUGGCAGAGCUGAAGAACGAGCUGAGCCAGUGCAUGGAUGUCAUGGAGAUUGACAGAGUCCUCCGACAGACCAUCCAGCCAGAGGACGACCAGGCGUCCACGUCCACCGCCUCAGAAGGAGAAGAUAACUACGAGCAGGACAUAGACGAGGACGUUCCUGCUCCUCCUGCUCCCACGGCUCUCCCCAAACCAGCACCUCCCAUCAUACAGGCCCAGCCAAUCCUCACGCCUCACCUGUCAAUCCAGCACGCCACUCUGCCUCUUUCUGGAGUCCUCACUUCCCCCUCUCCCUCUGGCCCCCCUCCACCUCAAGCCAUUGCCCCUGCUCCGGCACCAGGUCCGCCCCCUCCGCCAGCGCCUCACCCUAUUCAGCCCCCAGCCAUGCAGGUCCAACCCACCGUUAUCGCUCACGCUGCCGUCUCCCACCCGUCAGUCAUCCAGGCUGUCAAUCACGCCCUUCCAGCCAAUCACAAACACCUAACACACAUCGCCCCCUCACCAGGCCCCACCUCUUCUACCCCUCAGCCAAUCACAGCAGCUCCAGCUGCCCCUGCUACCGCCACUCACCAGCAAAUCGCUGCCCAGCCCAUCGGACACAUCACCGUCCACCCGGUGGCUCACCUGGGAGCUCCCCUCACAUCCCACCUCCCGACUCUCUACCCCCAGGGCGUUUCUGUCUCCCAGCCCACCAUGGUGGGCCACAUCACCCACACCUUCACCCACCACACCCUGCCACACGUCCAGGCUAAUCCUCAAGCUAACACUAAUGGAGCCCAGGUGAACAGCGCCGCCGUGGUCACCCAGGGGAGCCCGUCGCUAGGGAAACCCACAGCAGUGCUGGCACCCCACCCUCAGCUGGUUGGACAGGCUGCUGUCCUUAACCCUGUCACCAUGGUUACAGUCCCAACCUUCCCUGUCAGCACACUCAAACUAGCCUGAAAAAGUUUUUAAAAAAUGAUUAUAUGGACCGAUGGAUGGGAGACGGGAGUGUGGACAAAGAUUCAGAACCUCUGGAUGAGUUUUCGUACUCCUGUCAAUAAUCAACAGCAGAGAAUCUCUGGCAGAAAAAUUUACAAAAAGCUUCAACUGUUUUCAGACAUUUUGUGAUGAAUAUCUUCUGAGAUAUUUUGGUCACAGCUCUGUUCGUUUGUGAACAAUAACAUUAAAGCAGAGUCAGUGUGUCAGGCCAUUGUUUGUGAAAAUGAGACUGUGACGUUUGUCUCUGCUGCAAAGACAGGAACUCUGUUUGACCUUUCUUCCUUCCUUCUCUCCUUCCUUUACAAACAGAAGCACUAACAUAAUAAGCUCAGUUCACACUCAGGCAUCAAGGAUUUACCUUAACUAAUCAUUCACUUGUUGAAGGAAAAACCAAUACAGAUGAGUAUUCAUUGGGCUUUUGCCGCAGUGAUACAGCGUGCGCCCAUUUUACAUUGGUAUAUUCAUGAGGUCAUGUGGGACAAUUUGUUGGAAAAACGUCACUGAUGUGUUGGAGAACAGGAGGAGGGAGCUCGGCGGUCUCACUGAUCCAAAUAAAUUACACAGACAGGGCUUUGAUCAAGUGUGAAGUAGAUCACAUUACACAGUGGGCUAAAUAGAGCUAAAGUGUUGUCACUUACUGAUGCCGUUGUUCACUUUUUGCCUUUUGCAGAACUGGUGAAAGGAAAAUUGCUUAUUUUAUAUUGCUUGAAGUAAUUUUCCUUUUGCUUUGCCUGGAUCCAAGUGCAACACUUGAUAGAUGAAGUCACUGUUAAAACACCUUGCAGUUAGUUUAAGAAUAAUAAUUUGUGUGUGGAAUAAUAAAACCAAAUACACACAGAGAGGCAAAAGAGAAGAAAAGGGCGGCAUCUGUUACACAAGGUUUCUGUUCUGAUGAUGUGUGCAACACUGGAGCUAUUUAUCCACUCCCCAAUCGGGUUUUCUUUUUCAAAACAGUAGAGCUACUCCAGAAAUGAGGGGCAGGGUUUAACAGGAGGAAUUAGGGCAAUGAUUGCUUGGUUUUCUCAACACACAGUAGUGUUUGUUAUGCGACGAAAUCAUGCCAUGAAACCACACAUAGAAGUAGAACAACAAGUUGGAGCAAAGUAGAUUUCCAGUCCCGAAACAGACUGCAGUUCAGUUGGAAAACCAACUCAGGAUUAGAAACUGGCAUAAUGGGAUUAUCUAUAUUUUUUUGAAAAGAUUGUGCACUCCAGCUUUGAUGUGGUUACCUGCCCCACAGUGAGAAACUCUCUGGUCUAAAGAAAUACAGCAUUAAAUGCUCUUGGAUGCACCUUUUACCGCUAGACCUGAGAAAAUGCUUUUCCAUACACCUACAGGUUAUUUGAGUACAUCAGCUUGGUUCUCACUGGUGAUUUUUGACUCAAGAAGGCCUGAUGAGAGUCAUUCCAAAACUCAGCAGCGUUUACACUGACUUUUAAUAGGAUUGCUUGUUAGCUAAAGAUCCUGUUUUCAAACCAACCAAGCCCUGUUAGAGACUCUUUGAGAUAAGAGUCUACACGGACGGUCGGCUGCUUUCUUGCGAAUGCCCGAGACCUGCUCUCAAACAUUGGGUGGCACGUUUCCUUUUGUCCCGCCAUGAGUGUUGUUUCCCUCGACACACAGUUAGGAAAUACAGGUUUUCAUCCUCUUCAGUCUAAUGCAACAGCUCCCUCUGCUGCCUCACCGCAGACCUCAUAAUGAUGUCACACACACGCGACGCUCGGGCCACAACACAAAAUACCUGCAAGCAUUUAAAAUCUGGAUAAACACGGAGAGAUGUGUUACAGUAGUCUGACAAAAACAAAGAAUUUGAUAUGUCAUAGUGACUGCACUUCGUUUUAUGUCACAUGUAUUGGUCACGUGACAAACUCCACCUGCUCUGAAGACAGUGGGAUUUAUUCUGUACGCUUAUAGGUUUUUGGAAAGUUGGGUAUAAAAAAUGAUCAAGCUGAAGAUCCGCUUUUUUUUUUUUGCAGUCAAAUAAAGAAUAAUUUGACAGCGAUGUGCAGCAAACACAAGUCAAAUCUUCUGUUCCAGUCUAGAAAAUGAAUUUGGGAAAAUCCGUUUCAUUUUUUUUUUCAUUUCAAAAUGGAAAAUGUGUUGUGGCGCCCACUGCUCUUUGUGUGCAUGUUCAUGUGCACAUACUCACAGCCUUCUUGCCAGCCUUUUUACAUGUCGCACCAUGAAAUCUCCCCUCAGUGUAUGUAGUCAGUGUUGCGUGGAUCGGCUCCUUGCCUCUUCUGCUGUUUCUAUAUGUUAUGUCUGUAUAUGUGACUGUAUUCGAUAUGUUUUAUAUUCUGUACUAUAGUUAAUCCUAUUGUACCUGUAGCAUGGCUCUGUUUUUUGGUUAUACAGUUUGCCCUGUGCAUGAUGGAGUGUGUGUGUGUGUGUGUAGCUAGCAGGUUAUUUUUUUACACAGAGGUGAUUAAUGGUAUGAGCCUGUUUGGGUGCUAUCGUGUGUGCCUAUACUCAGUUUUCCUGAACACUGUGACAGCUCUGGCAAAACACGUACACUUUGAGCGAAUGGAAGAGACAAAGAUUUACUGUCAUAAAUUGUUCCUUUUUUUUCUUUUUUUUUUUUUUUUUUUUUAAUGUUUUUAAGUUUUCCAUUUUGUGAGUUGGACUGAGACAUGGAGUGGAAAAAGUAAAAAAAACAACAACAAACAAACAAACAAAAAAAAGCUGUUGCUCUUUUCUUGAUAACAUAAUAAUGUCUAAUAUUAAAUUUGAGUUUUGUAAUAUUUGUAUGUAUGUAUGAAAGUUUUGUAAAUUUGUGAUUGUACGCACGUUUUGGCAUAUGAGUGUAUGUAUCUUAAAAUUUUAAAUGCUUGUUUCUUUUUGGUUUUGUUUUGCAUGUAGAUUGCUGUUUAGUUUCUUUUGUUUAAAGGUUUUGUUUUAAUGUUUAUUUUUGGGACCAUGUACAAUACUGUAUAACGUGGGCAGAAUCUUGGACCUCAUGCUACAUUGAUAUUAUAUAUGAAUAUAAAAACAUGUUUUCCCUAUGGAGAAAGUUUUAAGUUAUAUAUCGCCUGUACACUUUGGGCUGCCUUUUAGAUCUAACUGUCCACUGUUUAAGAUAACAAUGAUGAUAAUGGAUAAAACAUAUUAAUGAUGAAGAAUUAUGCUGAUGAAAUAAUAAAGAUUCUUAAUAAAUCUUAUUACAUUUACAACACA